AUGGCAAUGAGUGGAUUGUUGGCGUGUGCCCUCAUGGCAGCGCUAGUGGGGGUUGGUUUGACAUCGCCCGUAUCCAAGUCGGAUGGCAACACCAAACAGGUGAAACUGCCACAGCUACUGGCCAGGAGGGAGGCAGUGAGGAAUGCUGCAGAGAACGUCGCUAGGCGGGAGCAAGACACUCAAAUGAGCAUGGCACGGAUGGAGAGGAUGGCGCACCUGUCGGAGGACCAGCGCGAGUUAAUGUCCAAGCAAAUCAUGCAGGCCAUCUCAGAGAUGAUGAACGAGUGUCCGGACCGAGACUACCAAGGAUGGGUAGACUUUGGACGGCGAGGUGCAGAGUAG